UCUUGAAGGACUUCUCCCCCUUCACUCCACCCCGACAAAUCGAGCACUCGGCGCCGUGGACCUCAGCCGCCACGCAACCAAUGGCCACAGCCGCCGCCGCCGCCGCACGUUUCACCCCGGCCAUCCUGCCCCGUCCCCGCAGGAGGGUCCCCGCGCCGUGCGCCUCAGCGAGCAGCGCCUCCGGACGCGGCAACCGCCGUCUGCGCUGUGAGUUCGUUGCCAGCGUCGGGAACGGCGCGCUCUCCGGCGAGGACGACCCUCGACUGAUAGACCGCCAAAAAGCUCUUGAUGCAGCAAUGACUGACAUAAACAAUUCUUUUGGAAAAGGAAGCGUUACAAGAUUAGGCAGUGCUGGUGGUGCUUUUGUUGAGACUUUCCCGAGUGGUUGCUUAACACUAGAUUUUGCUUUGGGCGGUGGCCUUCCAAAAGGAAGAGUAGUAGAGGUGUAUGGUCCAGAAAGCAGUGGAAAGACCACUCUAGCUCUGCAUGCCAUUGCUGAAAUACAGAAGCUAGGAGGAAAUGCCAUGCUUGUUGAUGCAGAGCAUGCUUUUGAUCCAGCUUAUUCAAAAGCACUUGGGGUAGAUAUUGAAAAUCUGAUUGUCUGCCAGCCUGACAAUGGAGAGAUGGCACUAGAAAUUGCGGACCGCAUGUGCAGAUCUGGAGCAAUAGAUCUCAUCUGUAUUGAUUCAGUAUCAGCUCUCACUCCACGUGCAGAAAUUGAAGGUGAGAUAGGGAUGCAGCAGAUGGGUUUACAAGCUCGUCUGAUGAGUCAAGCAUUGAGAAAGAUGUCAGGCAAUGCCUCAAAGGCUGGUUGUACUCUAAUGUUCUUGAAUCAAAUAAGAUACAAGAUUGGGGUAUUCUAUGGGAACCCUGAAGUCACUAGUGGAGGGAUAGCUUUGAAGUUCUUCGCAUCAGUUCGCCUAGAGAUACGACACAUUGGGAAGAUAAAAUCUGCCAAGGGAGAUGAAGAUAUUGGUGUCAAGGUCCGUGUCAGAGUGCAGAAGAGUAAAGUAUCCAGGCCCUACAAGCAAGCUGAAUUCGAGAUCAUGUUUGGGGAGGGUGUUAGUAAAUUGGGUUGCAUUCUUGAUUGUGCUGAGCUGAUGGAAGUUGUUGCAAAGAAGGGUUCAUGGUAUAGUUACAAAGAUAUAAGACUGGGUCAAGGUAGAGAAAAGGCACUGCAGUAUCUCCGGGAGAAUCCAACCGUCUGCGAUGAGAUAGAAAAGGUAGUCCGAGCCAUGAUACCAGAAGGAACCAGGCAUAUGGCCAUGCUAGCUUUCGGGCAGUCAUCGUCGCAACCUGAGGAGGAAGAAGUAUAUGAUGACUGACGACGAACAUCAAGCCCCGAAGAUGAACCGCUAACCUGUCCGUCUAGCAGCGCAAUUCCAGGCAUUUUGACCCCAUAGCGUCUAGCAGCAGAAUUCUAGCAGCUAAAUGUGGCCCUUCUUCGCCAAACCUAAGCGAACGUUCCAGUGGUACACUCUGUGUUCUUAGGAUUUUGAUAUGUUGGUUGCCCGCUGUAACAACAGCAACAAUGUACCACCAUCCACCAGUACUAAAAAGAGCUUGACAGAUUAAUCA